UGUUUAUUUCUCUCCAGUAGCUUGAGUGUGACGUCUCAUCUGUUGGCCGCCUCUCAGAUAUGUGCUGUGUGUGCUGGUGAGGUUCAGAGAUCAGAUAUCCGUGCAGCUGAGGAGCGAGGACUGGCGCACCAACAACAUGAAAGACAGAAGAGAAAGUUUUCCCCUGUGGAAAACUUUGCUGGUGGGGAUGUCUGUGCUGCUGCUGCUGCUGCUGGGCUGUGCAGGUUUGGUUCUGCUGUGGGUUCAGCACAGGGAGCUGGCAGAGGAGCUGGUCAGGCUGGAGUCCCAGAUGCAGGAGUUGGCACAGUGCUGCAGGCGGCAAGCAGGACUGCUGCCAGAUGAACUCGGAGAGACUGGAGAGCUGAGGAAACUCCGGCGCAGCAGACGGAACCAGGAGGGAGAGCAGGACAAGAUGAUGCUGGUCACAUACUCUGUGGUUCCUAUCAAAGCCUACCUAGAUCUGUGCAACAGCUCCAGAGGAUUUUGUUUAAUAGGUCCACCUGGACCCCCAGGUGUGCCAGGCCCACCAGGACCGACGGGUGCGCCGGGCCCACAUGGCAGACGAGGACGACCAGGUCCUCCUGGUCCUCCCUGUCCUGCUUGUUGUCCGACUGAAGCAAAAAGUAGGAAUCACAGAAAUAAAUCAAAGGAUCGAGUUACAUCACAUCCAGGCAAUGAAACCAGAGACGUUCUGAAUGUUACUGGACCCGUUCAGGACACAAAACGUGAAUCUGUAUCUUUUCAUCGAGAGGUUAAUGUUUCACUGAACGAUACCAGAACCGAAAAUGUCACACAGACACCGAUUAUACCAGUGUCUCUAGCUGUUGACUCCGGUGGAAACAUUGAUCCUUCAACUGGCGGCUCAGAUGUCACUGAUAGUACAGCAACAAGUGAGUUAAUUUCGCCUCGUCCAGAUUAUUCACCUGCACACUGGAUGAACAGCAGCUCAGAAAUCAGAAGAGAAACGUUAAAACAUUUGACAACAGUGUCACCAACACCUAACGUUGACCAUGAUGACAAAGAAGCUUUGAACAACACGGACUUUGAGAAACUUCGUCAUAGAAACUUUAAACCUGAAAUACCAAAACCUCAUCCAGCUGGAAAUAUCCUGAAUGGCUCAGAGUUUGAGGAACAUCUAGACACAAAACGUGAGUCUGAUGAAGUUGGUGAAGACCAAAACAAGAACACUUUUAAUGCCAGCAGGGUGCAAACGAUCUACGACAGUGAACGACCAACACUACACUCAGAUAAUAUCACCAGAGAGACAUUUAAUGUUUCUGAAUAUAACAAUCAACAAAAAACAAGCACACAUUCAGAAUCGUUUGAUUAUGGAGAUCACACCAGGAUUAUCAAUGAUGCAGAGGAUAAAAAUGUCACAGAUGGAUGGAUCAAAUUAUUACAAGGAGCACUUGGUAAAAUGCUAAACAGGGAUGCCUUCAAUGACAGCAAGGUCAACACUGAAACAACAUUUAAAAGUGAUCCACCAAUGCGAAAUGCAGCUAAUAUCACCAGAGACUCUAAUGAUGUUUCUGAAUUUUACAAUCAGAUGAAAACACAAGCUGAACCUGGUGUUAGCAAUGGGACUUUGAAUGAUUCAGAGGCAACAAAUGCUACAGAAGGAUGGGGAAACAUGUUAAGUGAUCCACUUGGCACAGAUCAGAAGAAAGACACUUUGAGUGACAGAAGAGACACUAAAACAAGCGAUAAAACUGUACAACCAACACGAGACUCAGCUAAUGUCACCACAGAUGCUUUUAUUGUUUCCGGCUCUCAUGAGCGUCCAGAUGAAAAGAUACAACCUGAGCCAGAGCCGACUGAUGCAGGUGAAAUGGUGACUGCAGAGAAUUCAGAGACACCAAUAAAAUUAUUACACGGUCCAGUUGAUACCUUCAAUGACAGCAGAGGACGGGUCAUCACUGAAACAAGCAAUAAAACUGAAACAUCAACACAACAUUCAGUUAAGAACACUGAAGGCACCUUAGAUGUUUCUGAAAAUCCUCCAAAUAAAAAAUUGGAAUCGGAUCCAUUCCCUUUUCAAGAUGACAACAAUGGGACUCUGAAUGAUUUGAAUGGUGGAAAUGCAACAUAUGUGCCAUCAAAACUGUUUCCAGGAUCGAGUGAAACCAACCGAAGCAGCAAAACCUUCACUUCUGACACAGUCAUGAAUGAAACUAGAGUAAAAAAUGCUUCACCUUCUGCUGAUGACAGUCAGAGAAGAAACUCUUGGAACGGCAGCAGAAACAUUGUAGACAAACCAAUGAAAAGUGAGUCUUCCCAACGUGUCCCAGCCUACAAGAAAAACAACGAAACUGACAAUGAAAAAAUUACAAAAACAGGUUGCAGUAUUAAAGCCAUCAAAUGUUCAGAAAAGUCUACUAACAUGCAAUUCACCUACGGUGCCUGGAUGUCGGAUGCAUCCCAGACUAAUGAUCGGAUCUGGGUGGCAGAACAUUUUUCAGGUCGUGAAUUGAAGCAGUUGAAGAACAUUUCAAUGCUUCCGGACACCAAGCAGAAAUUUCUAGAUAUUGAGAAGUACUACCAAGGCUGUGGUCAUGUUGUUUACAAGAAUUCAUUUUACUUCCACAGUGGAGGAACAAAUAAUCUUUUGAAGUUUACCCUGAACACAAAGAAUACAAGCACCCUGGAAAUGCCAAACAGCAGAUAUAAUGGCCUGAGAUAUCUUUUCCACAACUCAAAGACUUAUUUCAAGUUUGCCGUGGAUGAAAAUGGACUGUGGGUCAUCUUUGCCUCGUAUAUAGACAAUAACAUGAUGGUGGCAAAACUCGACCCAGACGCUUUUUCUGUGCAGUCCAUAAUUAACACUGACUAUCCUUCAGCAAAAGCAGGAAAUGCUUUCAUUGUGUGUGGGGUGGUGUAUAUUACCGAUAACAGCGACAAGCGUGUGACAUAUGCCUUUGAUUUGAUGACACAGAGUCAUCUGGAUGCAAGUUUUGAUUUAAGGGCAGGAGACGGUACCUUAGCUAUGCUGUCCUAUUAUCCCAACAAAAGACUGUUGUACAUGUGGGACAACAAAAGUGCGAGAACAUGUAAGAUUAAAUUCAAGAAUACCUAAAAAAGUCUUACAAGUUCCCUAUUUUUGUAAAAGUGCUUUAAAAACAAAAUCCUUCAUUUUUUUCUGUCUUGCAAUAAAUAUGACUGUUGAAAUGUUGAGCUGUUUGCUGACAUUAGCUCACUGAUAGCGACAUUAAGCACAACCAGAUACUCACAAAAAUGUCACAACAAGGUUUGUUGAAACUGAAAGAGUUCUUAAGCAUAAACAAGAUCAAAUUAGAAUUUGAGAAGUAUUUAAAACAAAAAUAUGAUAAAAGCACAAAUGAAUCAGAACAAAAAUGGAGAUAGAUUUAUAGAAGAAUAGAGUAGAUGUUUGUAACUGUCACAUUUCUCUCCAAAAAAGGUAUUGGAGUAAAUGUAACUGAUUAAAUAGAAUUCACUGUUUUUCUCUCAAUGGAGACCAAAAUGUUUAAACUUCAGCAGUGUGAUUCUUUUUGUCCCACUUCUAUAAAGACCUGAUUUCUGGAGCAUAUAAACAUCAAAUAAAAUAAAAAAUGAAACUGUG